CAAAAUAAAAAAGAAAGAAAAGCUAAAGUUUCUAUAAAUAGCAAAUUACAAUUUUGAUUGUUAAAGAUUUCGACUUCCUAAUAUGAUACGACUGACGACCCCUAAACGAAUUUGUUUCGCAAAAUCCCUAAAAGAAUCACGUUAUUACACUGCACUAUGGAAGCUGAUGUUUCACUUUUAUAAUUGAUUGAAACCGCGGUGGGUGUAGAUUUAGAAGAAGAAGAAAGAGUUGGAAAUAAUUUUCUAUUGUUGGGGAAAUUGAGAUCUUGAGGGUCGGAAAGAAAUGGGUAAUUUGUGGGUGUUUUUGUGCUUCAAUUUCUGGUUAAUAAUGUGUGCUUUUGCAGUUUCUGGCACUGUCGUUUUGAUUGGGAACAAUGUUACUUUAUCUUUCCAAGACAUUGAAGCUAAUUUUGCACCAUCAGUGAAUGCGUCUGGAAAAUGUGGAACAUUACAUGUUGCAGAACCAUUGGAUGCAUGCUCGUCCUUGACUAAUAAAAUAAAUCCAAAUAUUAACGACACAAGAUAUCCCUUUGUGUUGAUAAUCAGAGGAGGGUGUAGCUUUGAGACUAAAGUUAGAAGAGCCCAAACUGCAGGAUUCAAAGCAGCCAUUGUCUAUGACAAUGAAAACGGUGAUUUAGUUGCAAUGGCUGGUAAUCCUGCUGGUAUAAAGAUAAACGCAGCGUUUGUUUCGAGAGCUUCUGGUCGAACACUGGCAAAAUAUGCAGGUGCUGCUGAUGCAGAGAUAUGGAUAGCCCCAAGCUUUGAAAACUCGGCAUGGUCUAUCAUGGCUAUAUCAUUCAUUUCUUUACUUGCUAUGUCAGCUGUUUUAGGUACCUGUUUCUUUGUGCGGAGGCACAGGAUUAGACGAGGUCGCCCACGGGGCCCACGAGUGAGAGAAUUUCAUGGGAUAAGCAGCCGUUUGGUGAAAGCAAUGCCUAGCCUAAUCUUCACAGCUGUUUUGGAGGAUAAUUGUACUUCACAAACAUGCGCUAUAUGUCUUGAAGACUAUGAUGUUGGAGACAAGCUCAGAAUUCUGCCAUGCCGUCACAAAUUUCAUGCUAUGUGCGUUGAUACAUGGCUGACAUCAUGGAGAACAUUCUGUCCUGUCUGCAAACGUGAUGCAAGAACAAGUAACGGUGAAGUGGCAGCAUCGGAAUCGACACCAUUGCUGUCAGUUUCUUCAUCAGCCUUACAAAUUGGGGAAUCAUCUUAUAACCACAAUUCUGCUUCUCUUCAGGCUAAUAAUGUGAGUACAACUCGAAGCUCUGUGGAUUUGAGGAAUAUGUCUUCCCAAAGAUCUGACGGUGCGUAUGUAGUUUCACCAAAUUCGCUCGGCCUCAAUACGAGAUAUAUGUCAGCGUAUAUUCCAAGGCCAAGCGAUGGUUCCUCGUAUAGUUAUGUUGGAUCUUCGAGUCGUCAGCAUAACGCACUGCACCAUAAUGAGUCAGCAACAAGCUUUUCACCAUUUGCUUCGGCUCAGUCUCUUCCAGGUUGUUGAUGUUGAAUGUUGAUGAAGCUGUCUAUGGCUGAUUGUGUUGAGUUCAUUUGUUGCCCCCCAUACUAAUGGGAUGGAUGUUUUAGGGGUGACACCAAAAUUGUAUAUUGUUAUUAUAUAUUGUUAUUAUAGAAUUUUGAUAUUUCUGCGAGGUAUCUGUAUAUGUAGUUUGAGAUUCUAUACUGAGAACAUUCCAAAGUAUUUCAUAAAGAUCAAUCAUAGUUAAGAA